CAAGCAACUUUCUAUUUACGGUUGCCAAGCAACACGACUCUGAAGACACUGAAGCUUUGCUGAUCGUCGUAGUAAGUGAUUUAGUGAUCACAAUAGCACCUUUUAAAAUUAUAUGAAAAUAAUAAUUAACACAGUAAGUCAUUGGUAAAUAUGGCAAAACCUAAGGAAAAAGAACCCGUGGACAUAGUUCACCAAAAUGCUAUUCAUGUCGAGACAAUAAUGAAGGAAUUGAGACACCAGAAGCUUAACACAGAGUUUAACAUCAACCCGUUUAAAAAACUUCACAUUUUGACUGAUAAGCCCAUGUCUAAAAUCACUUAUGGAAAGCAAGAGGAGGAUCCUGCUUUUCUCCGGAUCAUACACGAGGCUCGUUUGGAACCAAUAAAGAAGUACACACAUCCUCAGACUGAAGCUCAAGAGAUAGGCUGGUUAUCCAGUCCUCUGCUUGUCUCAGAUCGCAAAGACCGGAGACUAAACUUCCCACGGCAGAACUCUGAAAUCACGAAAUACAUGGAAGCUGCCUGGCGCUUGAAGGAGCAGACACAAAAUCUUGGGUGACAGUUUGGUUUGCAUUCCAUGAAGUUAUAUUAAAGAAGGCUGAAAAAAUGUUGCCAAAUAA